AUGGGUAUUAAAGGCCUAUUCCCCAUCAUCAAAGAUGAGGCUCCUGCCGCCAUUAAAGAGGGUGACAUUAAAAGUCAAUUUGGUCGCAAAGUUGCUAUAGAUGCUUCCAUGAGCAUCUACAGCUUCCUGAUCGCAGUCCGCUCCGACGGUCAGCAACUGACGAACGAAUCGGGCGAUACUACCUCCCAUCUCAUGGGCAUGUUUUAUCGAACUCUACGAAUGGUCGAUAACGGCAUCAAACCUCUCUAUGUAUUCGAUGGCGCACCCCCCAAACUAAAGUCGGGUGAACUUGCUCGUCGUUUCCAGCGUAAGGCCGAGGCUAAAGAGGGACUCGAAGAGGCCAAGGAAACUGGUACAGCUGAAGAUGUGGAAAAGUUCUCUCGCCGAACAGUCCGAGUCACCAAGGAGCACAAUUCAGAAUGCCAGCAGUUGUUGAAAUUCAUGGGUAUACCUUACAUUAUUGCGCCAACUGAAGCCGAAGCACAGUGCGCUGCCCUUGCUAGAGCUGGAAAGGUUUUUGCAGCAGCCAGCGAGGAUAUGGACACGCUAUGCUUUGAUAGCCCAGUCUUGCUACGACACCUAACCUUCAGUGAGCAGAGAAAAGAGCCAAUCCAGGAAAUUCACGUUGAUAAGGUCCUCGAGGGAUUAAAUAUGGAUCGCAAACAAUUCGUCGAUUUCUGCAUUUUACUUGGUUGUGACUAUCUCGAUCCUAUUCCCAAAGUCGGGCCUAGCACUGCUUUGAAGCUAAUACGCCAGUGCGGCACACUUGAGAAGGUGGUUGAAUACAUCAAGAGUGACUCGAAGUAUACACUACCUGAAGAUUGGCCCUUUGAGGAUGCGCGAGCUUUGUUUUUUGAACCAGACGUUCGCAAGGCAGAUGAUCCCCUUUGUGAUUUCAAAUGGGAUAAGCCAGAUAUUGAAGGACUAGUCAAGUUUCUAGUGACCGACAAGGGUUUUAACGAAGACAGGGUCCGCGCAGGUGGCGCACGGUUAGAAAAAGCCACCAAGAGUUCACAACAGGCCCGACUAGAGGGCUUUUUCAAGGUGAUCCCUAAAACAGAUGAGGAGAAAGCCGUACACAAGCGAAAACUCGAGGAGCAGAACGAAGCUAAAAAGAAGAAGCUGAAGGAAGAAAAGAAAGAGAAGGCCAAAGCCAAGGCGAAGCCUCGCGGUGAUACGUCCUCUAGCGAGCUGGAGGCAAAUCCUUACGAAGGCUGGGAAACAGCUCCGGAUCUACCAAUCACAAACACGCUUAGAGAGAGACCUAUUAUCGUAGAAAUUCCCCAAUCGACCCUGACCCAACCAAGAUCUCUUUUCCAAGGUUAUAUUCCACCUGCCACCCCGCUUAAGGAACCAGACGCGUUGCCAAUAUUAUUGGAAGCUAUAAAGGAUCAACAGCCUCUUGAAGACUACGUCGAGUUCGAUCUGCAUGAUUUUUCCAUAUACCUCGACUCUGAGCUCUACCCUUAUGAGCUGAGGUCUCUACAGCAUCUCGCAACUCGCCAAUUUUCUGACUACUUCUAUUUUGAUGGGGUCCUUGGAUACGGUGAACAGCGUUUUUUUCUUAAGAAGAUACCUUUCCGAGAACUCCCUAUCGGAAAUUAUGGGAGCGAGGAACAUACCGUGGGCGAUCAAAUCUGGAUACGCUCGGAAUAUAAUGAAAAGAGGAGCCGGGAAAUUUACUACAAGUUGAGGGCCCCGUCAACCGAGUAUAUAAGGUUCCACGAGCCAUUCCUCUGGAUCGUCGACCUUGCCAAGCAUGUGCUUGACUAUUGCGACUAUUUACAGGAGAGCGGCCGUAGGGCUGUUUUGUAUGACUUUAAAUCGGACUUCAGCAUGUGGGCUCAACGAACCCAUAGUAAAUCGGCAGCGUUUAAACGAUGGUAUUCUGCCAACAGGAGUAGCGACUUUCGGGGAGCCCUAAUUGCCAAUAUGGAAUUUAUCUGGAAAGAAGCCCAUGGUUUAGAUUCGAAAACCGUUUCGUGGCAUAGAUUUUGGGCUGAGAUCAAAACGUUAGACCGGUAUAAGCCGAAUCUCGAGAUAGGCCAAGCAAUAUCUGACGAUAGUAAUGUGAUAGACCGCAGACCUUCGAAGCCGAGAAGAAACGGCCCAGUAUCUCCGACAAUUGUGACAUCGUAUGUCCAUGAUCUUUUCUCUCAUAUGACAUUUGGGAACAUGCUUAAGCAAGUAAGCCCAUCGACUUCCAUUGAGAGAAAGCGAGCAGCUUUCGUGGAGACCAGUCGUCCAAACGAGAAGACGAGUCCGCCUGCGGUCAAGCGGAACGCGGAUGAUCAUGGCUCAUUUAUUGCUUCGAUUCGACAGGGAGAUGUCAUAUCUACCAGGCCAGAUGACGAGAACACUAACACAAAAUGGAAGCAACAAAAGUCGAAGCAUUGCGAGGGAGAACAUUUGUGGUUUGGUUUAGUGCAGAAAAUCCACCGAUUGCCUAAAGGGAGACGUUCUUUUGAUGUAAUCUGGUUGUAUCAACCGAUCGAUACCCCCUGCGGGAUCAUGAAGUAUCCCUGGAAUAAUGAGCUCUUCCUAUCAAAUAAUUGCACGUGCCAUCACGGCACAGCAAGGGUAAAAGCAGAUCAGAUUCUCUCCACGCACGGCGUCGAAUGGUUUGGGAAUCCCUCCACAACAGCGGAGUUCUUCGUUCGUCAGACCUAUCUCUCUGAUGAUUGCCGAUGGACUACCCUAAAGAGAGAACACCUUACGUGUGAGGAGGACAGGUUCCAUGAAAAGACAUCUUAUAAUAUUGGAGAUGCCGUCCUCGUUGAAACCGACCCGAAAGCACUGCAGCUGGAGACAUUCAUCGUAGAAGGAUUCUUCGACGAGGGCAAGAAGCAUUACGUUAGAUUAAGAAGACUUCUCCGGAGGAGAGACGUCGACAAAGUUGCCUCCAACGCGCCCCCAAACGAACUCGUUUAUACGAACCAACUAGUGGAGAUUUCUUCUCGCAGAAUCUUUCGACAUUGUCUAGUCAGGGCAUUCGGAUUGGAAGAAAAUGUACCUAGACCUUAUGAUUUUAAUGGGACUGGAGACCUCUUUUUUAUGACCCAUCAAGAAAUCGAGACUGAAGAGGGCCAAUUGGCUUAUGUCCCUCUCGAUAUGAACCUAGUGCACGGCCUACGGAUGGGGUUCGACCCCUCCCAAGGGCAUAGAUCACAGAAGCUCCAAGGUCUUGAUCUGUUCUGCGGCGGCGGGAAUUUCGGACGCGGCCUGGAAGACGGCGGCGCCAUCGAGAUGCGGUGGGUUAACGAUAUCUGGAGUGAGGCUAUUCAUACAUAUAUGGCGAAUUGCAAGCUAGACACAUGCACCCCCUUUUUAGGUUCUGUUGAUGACCUUCUUUUUCAAGCACUCCAGGGUAACAAUAGCAAAGUGCCUCAACCUGGAGAUGUCCAGUUCAUUUCAGCCGGCUCACCUUGUCCGGGCUUUUCUAUAUUAACCCCCGAUAGGACCACGAAUGACCAACGAAAAAACCAGUCGCUUGUUGCGUCUUUCGCAUCCUAUGUUGACUUGUACCGCCCAUACUACGGAAUCCUGGAGAAUGUACCACAAAUGGUAAAUUCGAGACAUUUCCGUGACACAUGCGUCUUCUCCCAACUUGUGUGCGCACUUGUCGGCUUGAGGUAUCAGGUCCAAGUUAUGUUCCUAGACGCAUGGUCAUUUGGUGCAUCGCAGUCUCGCAGCCGAGUAUUUCUCGUCUUUAGCGCCCCUGGUUUCCGAAUGCCUAAAGUCCCGACACCGUCACAUUCGCAUCCACCUGGUACGCGUCUAACAAAGCUUGGCGAGAUGUCUUGCGGACGGCCCUUCGAUAGUAGGAUACUAUUGUCGACCCCGUUUCGAUACAUGAGCGCUAGAGAGUCUACGGGGGAUUUGCCUGAUAUUCGAGACGCAAAACCGGAUUUCUGCGUCGGCUUUCCGGACCACCGGCUUUCCAUUGGCUUGACACCUCGUAUUAGAAAACAACUAUCCUAUAUUCCGAUCUACCCGUGGGGCAUGAACUUCAGCAAAGCCUGGUAUGGUCGACCUGAUAUUCCUCCCGUGCUGAGCGAGUUGGACCGCAAUCACAUGUUUCCUCCCAUGCCUGCAGACAGGAUAAUGAGGCCAUCUCGAGGCUGGGGUCGUAUUAAUCCAAACGGCUUAUUUGGCACUAUCGCUACAAGAUGUCCACCGACGGACGCUCGCAUGGGCACUAUAAAUCACUGGGAACAAGGCCGCCCGCUGACUACCCUGGAAAUCAGACGCGCACAGGGGUUUCCCGAUGACGACAUGAUUGUUGGACCGCCGGUGACUCAAUGGCGUAUUGUCGGCAACAGCGUCGCGCGGCAGGUAUCAGUAGCUCUUGGCCUCGCCGUCCGAGAGGCCUGGUACGGGACCCUCUUCGAUGAGCCGCAUCUCCCGCAGACGGGAAUAGCUUCAGUUAUAGAAAGACCGGUGUCUAUGACUGAGGAUAAAUCAUUGCUCGACUUUGUCGCAGUCAAGGACAGCUUAGAGGUAGUCAGGGAAGCCGGGAUAGACUCGCCGGGCUCCACUAUACCCUCCGAAGAUCUUCUUCUGGCGUCUGUUUCUAUUGAGAACUCUCUCCCGCUAACCCCUAUAACGACGGGGUCGGGUGAGGGCUCUGAUAGUGAAGGAAGUAGUCAUAAGAGACCGUCGCUGCCUGUUGAGAUUAUAGCUAAGAGACAACGGCUCUGCACUGACUAUGGGGAGGUAGUUGAGAAAUCUCUCGCAAUUGGGUACUUAGAAUAG